AUGGCGCCAAAUAUGACGAGAGGGUGUCAUCUCAGAUUUCCCAGCUGCUUGGGCAAUGACCCGAGUUACCUUCCAUGCCUUGUCGACGUUCCCGAUAACGAACUGGUCGGCUUAAUCCGAAGAACACCCCAAAACCCCGCAGCGGCUGUGCAGGCAGGCGGCCUCGAGAUUACCCCGGCGAGCGUUGUCGGCUGUCUGCAGGCCGGGAAAUACUUGCAGCGCGUCUUUUCCGCGCACGCGGAGUCGAUAAAACGGCUUACUUGGAGUCAUGCGCAAGCCUUGUCGCACCGCAUGCCGUUCAAGAUGAGAUCACGGCGAAGCGAGCCGGAUUGCGAGCUCGCGGAUGACGCCACGGCUGAAACUGCGCGAUUCCUCGCUUUGGGUCAGCGGCGGGAGACGCGGUCAAUGAGAGUGACAACGACCCGGAUCUCCCGAGGCGACUGGAUUUUGACCGAGCAAACCGCGUUGAAAUGUCAGGCUUACUCUCGGCUUGUCCCCAACUUGCCGGUCCCGAGUCAGAACUUGUGA